ACGUGGCUGAUUCGUGUCAAAACAAAAUAAACCAGCUGUCGUCCCUCUAUGUGUCGUCCUGGUAGAUAUGAAGUGGCUGCCUGACUGACUCCCUUUUGUAGUUAUAUUGGAUUUUUUGUUGUUCUGCCAUUUCAUAGCCAUUUACCUCACUCAAUAAAUCGGGCGCCGUAUCAUCUAUCCGUCAAAGCCAAAUAUGGCAGAGGAGCCGUGUGACCCCUGUGCAUGCUACUGCUCUCACCAACAUGCCAUGAGGAGAUUGAUCAACCUGCUGCGGCAGUCCCAGUCCUAUUGUACAGACACAGAGUGCCUACAGGAGGUCCCUGGUCCCAGCUCCUCAGCUGGUGAUGAUUUCACUGUGCCGAUGAUCAUUAUGGGCUGGAUGGUGUUGGCAGUGAUCCUCUUCCUCCUCCGCCCCCGGAGUAUGAGGGGUGGGCCCUCAGCCAAACCACGUGGCCCCCGCCAUACUGAGAACAGGGACCCACCUGCCCCUCCUGUGGAUUAAUCACUAUGGUGACAGGAAUUCUACCACUGGCCAAGGACCUGAGCUGUGUGACCUCUGACUUCGAGCAGUCAUCAGUCCCUCUAUAACAGUUAGCUUUGUGACCUUUAAUAACAUUUCUUCCACUCUACUGUGGCUUCAUAUUAUCCUCUGCAGCUCUAAGGGUGACAGCGUUUUUUUAGACUAUCUACUGUGUGUGUGUGUGUGUGUGUGUGUGUGUGAGAGAGAGUGAGAGAGAGAGAGAGAGAGAGAGAGAGGGGGUGGGUGGGUGGGGUAAACAGACACAGGGACGGAGGGUCCUUCACAUUCCUUUCUGAUGUCAAACAGGGUGAUUUGGAUUAUUGUAAAGUCUAGACUGAAAAAACGUCACAGGCAGACCCACACCCUUUCAAGCAACUUAAUAUUUUCCACAUGUUUGUAAUGAGUUAGGGGGAUGUGAUGACGUGUUACUCGUCUUAUUUCAACACUGUGGGUUUGUGAGUUUUCGCGUUACAAAGAACAUGAUUACUCACAAAUUAAAGUGUGUGUGUGUGUCCAUGUGCGUGCGCGAGAGAGAUUCCACGCUAGCUUUUUGGAGAGAUGUGCAAUCUGUGACUGUGUUAUGGAUGGUGAUAUGACCAGUGGCUCAUUCAUGUCAUAGUGACUCCCACAACCUCAGAUGGCUGUGGAGCCUCAUCUUCAGUUACUGAUUUAUAGAGAAAUAAUUUCAUUAUUCAGAAUGUUAUAGGCCUACUGUUGAUUGUUUUUUAUUGUGCGGUUUAACCGUGAUUGUUAUACAAACUGCUAGACAAAACACUGUAUUCAUAUCACAGAAAGGGCUUGUACUAUGCACUUUUUCUUAUCUCUAAUAAAAACAUAACGUGUACUGUAA